GCGGCGUGCGCGCCUGUGUCCGUCUGUCGGUCUUCUCUCUCGACGUCAGUGGGAAUUUCCAGCCAGGAAGUGAGAGAGUGAGCCAGAGAGCAAGAGAGAGAAGUGCACCAGCGAGCCGGGCAGGAAGAGGAGGUUUCGCCACCGGAGCGGCCCGGCAACGCGCUGACAGCUUCCCCCUGCCCUUCCCGUCGCUCGGGCCUCCCGCCGCCGCCGCCGCAGCAGCUGCCCUCGGCCUGCACCCCGCCGACAGCCCGGCGCAGCCCAGGCCUGAGCCGCGGGGGCCAGGAAGGCGCUCCCCGCGCCGCCCGGCUACCGAGCGCCCUGCGCUUUGCCUCCGACCGCGCUGCGGACAUGGCGCGGCGCUGACUGGCCCGGCCCGGCCAGACUGCACGCCCGCUCCCGCGUCCCGACCCGCUCGGGCCCCGGCCCCGACCCCGGCCGGCCACUGCCUCCUCCUUCGCCAGCCUGCAGGCCCGCGCCGCCCCUGGGGGCUGCCCACAGGCGCAGGGAGGCCGCGCGCUGACUCGCCACCAGGCUCCAGAAUGGCAGACGACGACCACUAUUUGAGAACUGAGGAAAUGUUUCAUUUGGAUGGUUUGAGUACUACAAUAUUUAGUUCAGAAUUAUUUCAACCUGAGAUGCCACCACCAACAGCAGAUGGCCCAUUCCUUCAAAUAUUAGAGCAACCUAAACAGAGAGGAUUCCGUUUCCGUUAUGUGUGUGAAGGCCCAUCCCACGGUGGACUUCCUGGUGCAUCUAGUGAAAAGAACAAGAAGUCCUACCCCCAGGUCAAAAUCUGCAAAUAUAUUGGACCAGCGAAGGUUAUUGUUCAGUUGGUUACAAAUGGAAAAAAUAUCCACCUGCAUGCCCACAGCCUGGUAGGAAAACACUGUGAAGAUGGGAUUUGCACAGUAACUGCUGGACCCAAGGACAUGGUGGUCAGCUUUUCAAACCUAGGUAUACUUCAUGUGACAAAGAAGAAGGUUUUUGAGACACUGGAAGCAAGAAUGACAGAGGCGUGUAUCAGGGGCUACAAUCCUGGACUUCUGGUGCAUCCUGAUCUGGCUUACUUGCAGACUGAAGGUGGAGGAGACCGGCAGCUCACGGAUCGGGAAAAGGAGCUCAUCCGCCAGGCAGCACUGCAGCAGACAAAGGAGAUGGACCUGAGCGUGGUACGGCUCAUGUUCACGGCCUUUCUUCCAGACAGCACUGGCAGCUUCACAAGGCGCCUGGAACCUGUGGUGUCAGAUGCCAUCUACGACAGCAAAGCCCCCAAUGCAUCUAACUUGAAAAUCGUGAGGAUGGACAGGACAGCUGGGUGUGUAACCGGAGGGGAGGAAAUUUAUCUUCUGUGUGACAAGGUUCAGAAAGAUGACAUCCAGAUUCGGUUUUAUGAAGAGGAGGAAAAUGGAGGCAUCUGGGAAGGAUUUGGAGACUUUUCCCCCACGGAUGUUCAUAGACAGUUUGCCAUUGUCUUCAAAACUCCAAAAUAUAAAGAUGUCAACAUUACAAAACCAGCCUCUGUUUUUGUCCAACUUCGGAGGAAAUCUGAUUUGGAAACUAGUGAACCAAAACCUUUUCUCUACUAUCCUGAAAUCAAAGAUAAAGAGGAAGUACAGAGGAAACGGCAAAAGCUCAUGCCCAAUUUUUCAGACAGUUUCGGAGGUGGCAGUGGUGCUGGAACUGGAGGCGGAGGCAUGUUUGGGAGUGGAGGUGGAGGAGGCGGUGCUGGCAGCACAGGCCCAGGGUAUGGCUUCCCGCACUAUGGAUUUCCCACAUACGGUGGAAUUGCCUUUCAUCCGGGAACCACUAAAUCUAAUGCUGGAAUGAACCAUGGAACCAUAGAUACUGACUGUAAAAGUGACCCUGAAGGUUGUGACAAGGGUGAUGACACAGAAGCUCUACAUGCCUCUGGAAAAGUAAUUGAAACCACAGAACAUGACAAGAAAUCUGACGUGUCCAGUGACAGAAGUGAUGAGAUGGCAUUGAGGCCCACAGUGGAAGUGAAGGAGGAGAAAGCUCGGCCUCAGGAUAACCUCUUUCUAGAGAAGGCCCUGGAGCUUGCCAAGCGGCACGCCAAUGCCCUCUUCGACUAUGCAGUGACAGGAGAUGUGAAGAUGCUCCUGGCUGUCCAGAGACACCUCACUGCAGUGCAGGACGAGAAUGGGGACAGUGUCUUACACUUAGCUAUCAUCCACCUGCAUGCUCAGCUGGUGAGGGAUCUCCUGGAAGUCACGUCUGGUUUGAUUUCUGAUGACAUUAUCAACAUGAGAAAUGAUCUAUACCAGACGCCCUUGCACUUGGCAGUGAUCACCAAGCAGGAAGACGUGGUGCAGGAUUUGCUGAGAGCUGGGGCAGAUAUGAGUCUCCUGGACCGCUUGGGCAACUCUGUUUUGCAUCUAGCUGCCAAAGAAGGACAAGACCAAAUUCUAAGUAUCUUACUCAAGCACAAAAAGGCAACUCCCCUUAUUGACCAUCCCAAUGGAGAAGGUCUGAAUGCCAUCCACAUAGCCGUGAUGAGCAAUAGCUUGCCGUGUCUGCUGCAGCUGGUGGCCGCUGGGGCGGAUGUCAAUGCCCAGGAGCAGAAAUCAGGACGCACAGCACUACAUCUAGCUGUGGAACAUGACAACAUCUCCUUGGCAGGCUGCUUGCUCCUAGAGGGAGAUGCCCAUGUGGACAGCACCACCUUUGAUGGAACGACACCCCUGCACAUAGCAGCCGGGAGAGGGUCCACCAAGCUGGCAGCUCUUCUCAAAGCAGCAGGAGCAGAUCCCCUGGUGGAGAACUUCGAGCCUCUCUACGACUUGGAGGACUCUUGGGAAAAGGCUGGAGAGGAUGAGGGGGUUGUGCCUGGAACCACUCCUCUGGACAUGGCCACCAGCUGGCAGGUGUUUGACAUAUUAAAUGGAAAGACAUAUGAGCCAGAGUUUACAUCUGAGGAGUUAAUGACACAAGGAGACAUGAGACAACUGACUGAAGAUGCCAAGUUGAAGCUGUACAAGUUGCUAGAAAUUCCUGAUCCAGACAAAAACUGGGCUACUCUGGCACAGAAAUUAGGUCUGGGGAUACUGAACAAUGCCUUUCGGUUAAGUCCUGCUCCUUCUAAAACUCUGAUUGACAACUACGAGGUCUCUGGGGGCACAGUCAGAGAGCUGGUAGAGGCCUUGAAACAGAUGGGCUACACCGAAGCCAUCGAAGUGAUCCAGGCUGCCUUCUCCACCUCAGGAACCACACCCUUGGGCCCUGGAAAGAUUGCCUCUGAGGCAUGCUCGCUCCCUCCGUCUCCGUCCUCCACAAGGCAACAGAUAGAUGAACUUCGAGACAACGACAGCAUCUGCGACAGCGGCGUGGAGACAUCCUUCCACAGGCUCAGCUUUACAGAGUCGCUCACCAGCAGCAGCUCCAUGCUAACUCUUCACAAAAUGCCCCAUGAGUACGGGCAUGAAGGACCUUUAGAAGGCAAAAUUUAGCCUCUCAGCAUUUCCCCACAUCGCAUAAACCAAAGCCCUAAAAUCCCACUGGGCUGCCCAAAGGGAGGAAGGUAAAGAACAUCCCGAGGUGCUUGGAGAAGAGCAGCCUGCCUGAAUCCUUCUUGAUUUAAGUCAAGGCCUGCUCACUUGACUUCCUUUCCUUGCUCCUAACGAAUUUUAGUCUGGUUCAAUUGCAGAUAGUAUCUAGCAAUCACAGUGCUCGGCUGAGCUGAUGCAUCAUUGCGGGUGAGGUAGCUUUCUGAGCUUUCAAAGCCGCUCCUGGAAUCCAGCUGCUUUCUGUUGUCGUUGCUGCUGUCCCUCUGCCGCAUUCCCACUGUCAUUACAAGGUGACACUCUCCCCACCCAGUGCUCCUUCUGGCCAUCCAUGACACAGUUGUGCAUUCAGAUUAAGGUUUCAGCAAAGGGUUAUUUUAACAUGAGUCACUUGGUGUGCAAUAAAGAAACAAGACAUGGCUUUUUCUAAUGUGGUUAUCUCUGUGAUUAAAAAAAAAAAGGCAUGGUACUUACCAAUAUUUAAACAUCACAAUCACUGCUGAAAUGAUAUCUUCCCUGUUUUCUGCAUUUUGCUAUUGUAAAUAUGUUUUUUAGAUCAAAUACUUUAAAGGAAAAAAAUGUUGGAUUUAUAAAUGCUAUUUUUUAUUUUACUUUUAUAAUAAAAGGAAAAGCAAAUUGA